AUGGCGCUCGUUUCCACCGCCACCGUCGCGUCGUCGUCCUACCACUGCGACCUCCUCCUCUUCCCGGGGGCCAGGAGGAGCUGGCGCGGGCCGAGGUGGAGCCGCGGCGGCGCGGGCGCGAGGCUACCGGUGCUGCCACGUGCGGGCGGCGGGCUUGCGGUGCUGGAGCGAGCGGGGUCCACGGCGGCCGUGUCGAGAAGGGAGGAGCUGGUGCCCGCGGGGAAUGGCAGGAGCUCGUACGAGGUGGAGUCUCUGAUCGACAGGCUGAGCAACCUGCCGCCGCGGGGCUCCAUCGCGCGCUGCCUCGAGACGGCGCGGCACCGGCUGACGCUGCAGGACUUCGCGGCCGUGUACCGCGAGUUCUCCCGCCGCGGGGACUGGCAGCGCUCGCUCCGGCUCUUCAAGUACAUGCAGCGCCAGUCGUGGUGCCGCCCCGACGAACACAUCCACGCCAUCGUCAUCGGCGUGCUCGGGCGCCAGGGCCCCGCGCUGCUCGACAAGUGCCUCGAGGUGUUCCACGACCUCCCCGCCGAGUCGCGCACCGCGCUCUCCUACACCUCCCUCAUCGCCGCCUACGCGCGCAACGCGCUGCACGAGGAGGCCCGCGCGCUGCUCGACCAGAUGAAGGCCGCGGGGGUCGCGCCCACUGCCGCCACCUACAACACCGUGCUCGCCGCCUGCGCCCGCGCCACCGACCCACCCGUCCCCUUCGACAUGCUCCUCGGCCUCUUCGCUGAGAUGCGGCACGACGCGUCCCCUCCGACUCAUGGAGUCAUGGAGGCACACACGCGUGUUGGCGCCACUGCUGAGGCGGUGGCUGUGCUGCGGCAGAUGCAGGCUGAUGGAUGUGCGCCAACAGCUGCCACUUACCGUGUCCUGCUCGAUCUUUAUGGAAGGCAGGGGCGGUUUGAUGGAGUGCGUGAACUCUUCCGUGAGAUGAGAACUGCUGUACCGGCAGACACGGCCACAUAUAAUGUGCUCUUCCGCGUAUACGGGGAUGGUGGCUUCUUCAAGGAGGUGGUGGAGCUCUUCCAUGAUAUGCUUGAAACUGGGCUAGAGCCUGAUAUGGUGACCUGCGAAAAUGUCAUGGCUGCCUGUGGUCGUGGUGGCCUCCAUAAGGAUGCAAGAGAAGUUCUCGAAUAUAUGACCAGAGAAGCAAUGGUACCUACUGCAGACGCCUAUACUGGCCUGGUUGAGGCUCUUGGCCACGCGGCUAUGUAUGAGGAAGCCUAUGUUGCUUUCAACAUGAUGACCGAAAUCGGUAGCUUGCCAACUCUUGAGACCUACAAUGCUCUUGCAUUUGCAUAUGCUAGGGGUGGGCUCUUCCAGGAGGCUGAGGCCAUCUUUUCUCGGAUGAGUAACAAUGCUGGCAUUCAGAAAAACAAAGAUUCAUUUGAUGCCCUCAUCGAAGCAUAUUGCCAGGGCGCACAAUUGGAUGAUGCAGUGAAGGCGUACAUGGACAUGCGCAAAUCCAAGUUUAAUCCAGAUGAGCGGUCCCUUGAGGGGGUACUUAAUGCCUACUGCAUAGCAGGGGUCAUAGAUGAGAGUAAAGAACAGUUUGAAGAGCUUCAAUCUAGCGUGACUGUGCCCAGCAUCAUUGCCUAUUGCAUGAUGUUGUCACUAUAUGCUAGGAACGACAGGUGGUCUGAUGCGUAUGAUCUGCUGGAAGAAAUGAAAACAAAUCGUGCUAGUAGUACACAUCAAGUAAUUGCUUCCCUAAUCAAAGGGGAAUAUGAUGAUAGCUCCAACUGGCAAAUGGUUGAAUAUGCCCUCAAAAACAGUACCAUGGAAGGCUGUGACUAUAGUUUACGAUUCUUUAAUGCUCUCCUUGAUGUGCUUUGGUGGUUUGGUCAGAAGGGCCGAGCUGCAAGAGUUCUGGAUCAAGCAGUAAAAUUUGGGCUCUUCCCUGAGUUAUAUCGUGAUACCAAGCUCGUCUGGUCACUAGAUGUACAUAGGAUGUCGGUAGGUGGAGCACUGGUGGCUGUGUCAGUAUGGCUCAAUAAGCUUUAUGACAGACUAGUAGAAGAUGAAGAUCUUCCACAGUUAGCAUCUGUUGUUGUAUUGUUUUCAAUAUCCAGGAGAGGUGAAAUGGAGAAAAGCACAAUUACAAGAGGACUGCCACCCGCCAAAGUUGUCUACUCCUUUCUAAAUGAUACACUAUCAUCAUCCUUCCACUUCCCAAAAUGGAACAAGGGACGAAUCAUAUGCUUGAAGUCCCAGUUGAAAAAGCCGCAGUCAGCCGUAGAUUCCUCAAAUGGGUCUCCUGCAGCUGGUUUUGUCCCCAUGAUGAACUCCCAUUUGCCGUCUCCUGGUUCCAAGAUAUAUACAAGGGAGGACCAAUUGGAAAAUGGUACCGGCCAUUUGCCAGACGAACCGUUGGUAGAGGAAAAGGAGUCAGCUUCUCGCAUUGUGAGUUCUCAGGAGCUGCUGUGCUGCCCUUCGCAUCUACAGUUGUGA